GCUUCUCUCUCUGGCAUGUGGCUCACGUGGCCCUCAGGAGGCAGGGAGUAGGGAGCGUGUUGCCGUGGUGACCACCUGACACUCUCCAGCAGUGCCCGCACGCUGCAUCCCUGCGUGAGCUUCUGUCAUCUCCACUGUAAAUACAGCAGCAGCAGCUUCCCUCAACACCAACACUGACGAGGUAGCUCAUAAACAGCUCCUGCUUGCUGUUUGAGGCCACAAGACAUCCACCGCGGCAACACACCCUCAGGUUGUAAACAACAGUGCAAGUUGACAAGUGAGUCAUAUCCAUUGACAUCAUCAAAGAAAAUUUACUUACAUUGAGUACAUGAGAUUACGAUGAUAUAAAGAAACUUCAAAGAGGUUGACUAUACUUCCUUGCCAAGGAGGAAGAUACAAAAUAUUUGGUGUGCCGAUUCAUUAGCCUGUUUAAUCAUUGCAUUCCACAAUGGAUGAUGAUCCUCUACUUGCAGAGGAGAGUGAUGAGGAGUUCAGAAAAAUGGAGAAUGACAUUGAUGAGUUUCUCUCAAGCAUAAGAGAAAAUGUUUCAAAAAAUUAUCCACAAAGUAAAGCUACUUGCUCCAGAGUUGCCAAUGAAUAUGAUUCCAUCAGCAGUGAUGACUUGGAAAAUCAGAGUAGUUAUAAUUCAGUGAAUAAUGAACCAGGUCUCUCAAGGCAGCCUAGAAAAUUCAAUCACAACUCUUCCUUAAAUAAAAAAAAACAGGGAUGGAAACAGAAGAAACAGGGAUGGAGGCAAAAGAAAUGGAAGGAUCAUGGUGCAGUUCAAAAGCAGUGGAGGAGCAACUCUCAAGAGGAAAAGCAUGACUUGAAAGGAAAACGAUUUAGACAGUCGUCAAAUAAGAGUUACAGUCACCACCCUCAGGAUUCUUUCUCUCCCAAAGAGGACGAUGAAUAUCGCUGGUCUCCUUCUCUAAGAAGGAGGGAUGAAUUUCAUCUAGAGAGGAGUCCUAGAAGAAAUGCUUAUCACCAUGAAAGAACUGGAUUCCCAAGAGGAAGAGUUGAAUAUUUUGAAGAACUGAGUCUUUCUCCUCAAGAAAGAGGUUAUCAAGAAGAAAGGAAAGGAAGAUAUGGACAUAAGAGGAGAUUUUCACCUGAGAGGAUAGAAGAACAGGAACAUUCUCAGGACAGUGUCAUUUUUGAUGAGAACUUUACCUGUCAGCACAGGACUUCAGGGUCAAGAUCUAGUGAAAUGGAGAGUAUAUAUCACAAAAUAUAUGCAGAGGAAAGUGACUCUCCUAGUUGUUGGUCUGAGGAUGAAGAAAAUUAUGAUUAUAGAGACCAACAUACCGAUCCUCACUGGAAACAUGAAGGUGAUGACCUCUUUAUGGAAGAUGAGGAUGACUACGGCUCAUCGGCUGGAAGCAUAAACACAGCCUCGUUCGUCACUGCAUGUCUGGAGAAAAUAGUUGUUUCCAAUCCUGAAAUAGCAGAGAAAUUUUCCAAUGCUUGUAUGUCUUUACUAAAUAAAUCUGUGGGUACAACUUGUGAUAGUGAUUAUGAAUAUGAGGAAAGUUCAUGUGGUAGCUUUGCAGAUCAGUCAGGUAGGAUUUCUGCAAGAAAUUGGAGGAACAGCAGGUCACCCAGCUUCUCAGGUGGACCACCAGGACCCAGGAAUUACAGAGACAGACAUGAAGGCAGCUCACGAAGGAUUGUUGUGGAGUAUUCACAGUCCCCUAGUCCUGAUCGAGGUCACUGCUCUCGCUAUGAUCAGAAGAGACAUACUGCACCAUCAUCACCCACAUUAAGUACAAAGAGGAGAUACUCCUUUAAUCAUCACAAAAGUGGCAGAGAAGAGGAUCCCAAAACUUCUGUCAUUCGUUCUAUCAAGAAAAUUCGAAAACAAUGUGAAGAAGAAAGUAAUUCAACUGUUCGUCGUGCUUUGUUGGCACUGUUAAAAGUGCAUCAGAAGGAGUGUGACAUGUAUCUCAGGAAGCCAGAAGCCCACCCUGACUAUAUCAAAGAAUACAGAGUGUUUUUAGAUAAAAAAUCCAGAAGCAUUAUCGAUUUGGGAGGGGAUCCUAAUGACUACGAUUUUCAGGAGAACUGGAAAAAAUACUGGCCAACACAACUAGCCAGACUUUUCAGACAAAGCUGGGAUACAAAGAUGCACAAAUGUACUUCCAUGUUACUAAAAAAGGGACAUCUUUCUAAGUCUUUGUCUACAUCAUCCAGUAAAGAGGUUACUAGUCAGCCUCAUAAGAAAAAAAAAGGAAGUAAAGAUACAAGUGAAAAGAAUUCUGAAGUAAAGAACCAGGAACACCAAAAAUUAGAAGCAAGCUCUGCAGCACAGUGCAAGACAAAAAAAGAGGAAAUGGACACUGAAUUAUUAAAUAUCUUAAAAUUACUAAACCAUAUAAAGCAUAAAUUCAAAGAUUGUGAAGCCUCCUUUGAUUCAUUUUAUCAAAAAGCCUUGAGCUUCAAGCAGAAAAAUCUUGAUUUGAGUGGUAUUCUUUCUAGUAAUCUAUCUCUUCUUGAAAAAAUUGAUACAAAGUUGGAGGAAACUUUGGAGGAUGAAGACCUUACUUUAAUCCAGAAGGCUAUUAUUAAAGAGACCCACGAGAGAUUUCAGUGUUUCUUGAAGAAGAGUAAAGAGAGCAAUUCACAUGUGAUGAAAAAUUAUAACGACAGAAAUCAAGUUGUUGCUGAAGAACAUCACAUAGAGUGUCUUGUUACAGAUUUACAUCCGUCUGUUGUCACUUCUCUUCACACCAAAAAAGUUAUUCCUGCAGUUACUUGUCGUACAAGGACUCUCACAGAAAUCUCCAUUCAGAAGCCAGAAAUUCAGCAGGCACCACUAACUAUGACACAAGAAAAACAUUCACAUUCGGACUUGACACAGCCACCUCCUCCUGGUGUAACUCCACCACCACCUGGUGUAACCCCUCCACCACCUGGUGUAACCCCUCCACCACUUGGUGUAACCCCUCCACCACCUGGUGUAACCCCUCCACCACUUGGUGUAACCCCUCCAUUCCAGAGUGUAAGCUCUCCUCCCUCUGGUGUAACUCCUCUGUCAGGUACUGUAAUAACAUCACUGUCCCAUAGUGUCACAUCAUCCAUUAAUACUGAAUGUGCCAAGUCACCUCACCACACUACACCAGCACCAUCUUGUAAUAUAUCAAUACCUUUACAUAUCCCAGCGUCAUCACCAGGUGUCAUGCCACCUCCACCAGGUAUCACACCACCUCCACCAGGUGUCACACCACCUCCACCAGGUGUCACACCACCUCCACCAGGUGUCACACCACCUCCACCACCACUUGUUUCAUCUUCACCACCUACCACUCUCUCACAUCAGUCAUUAAUUAUUGUACCUUCACAAAGAUCUUUUCCUGCCUCAAAAUCUCUCCCUGUCUCAAAUUUACCAAAGUCUCAUGAUGCAGCUCCUAAAGUAACCGAACAUCCAUCUACCACAUCCACAUCAGCAGUACAAAGAAGCAAACCUAUAAAUAACAAAGACAUUAUACCUGUAUCUCAGAAACAGACACAGCGCAUUCAUCAAAAAAGCAGAGAGUUUUUACGUACGAUAAAAGACUGUUUCUUGUCAACCUCUUCACCCAUUGAGGAAAGGAAUUUAAGCACAUCCACAGAGGAAGAGUCUAUAACACCAGAUAGCAAAGCAGGAGAAAGUGCUGCUUCUUCAAUACCGACUCUUACUGAAGACAUUUUAAAAAUGUUUGUUGUAAAACUUGAGGACAAAAGUGAAACUAUUGCAGGUAAUAAAUCCUGUGAUGAACUGAACACCUCUGUAGUUGACACUAAACCAGCUACAAAGAAGCGAAUUAAAAUAACCAUUCCACAGUCUUCUGAGAAAAAGCGUAUGCCAGCACUCAACCCCAUACUUGAUGACCAAGAAUUGCUGUAAGAUGCAUGUGUAUUUUGAAGAGUUGAAAACCAGUUUAAUUGAAUACUCAGAACUCAUGAUGGAAUUUGCCAAAAGCAACAAGAUUGUGUUAGUUGUGAGAAUGAUUUUCCCUUUGUUUCAAGCCUCUUUUAUCAGUAAUGUGUAUGCUAUAGUCUCCUUGCUAAUUGUUAUAAAGCUUAUUAAAAGAUUGCAGUCAUACAAUUUACCCAGAAAAUUACAGCUAUGGUAACAAAAAAAAACAGUUUAAGAUGAGAUAAAAUUACACAAAAUUACUAUUUGAGUGAAAUAGACUAUUCCAAUAAGCAGAAGAUUAAGACAAUAUGUGUGGUGAGUUCAUUGAAAUACCCUUAUGACCGUACUUGUAAUUUAUUAUUGUAUUGUCUUUUUUAAUAAACUGUUGUAUCUGUACACAAAAAA